UUGCGUUAAAAGUAGUUUCUGGCAAUGAAUUGAGUUUAGUAUCUCACUAGGUUUGUCUCGCGAUGGACAGAAACGAUUUUUCGCCUCAUUUUGUCUCAUCUUUUAAUUUGCAUUUGUAAACACAAUUUAAAUAUUUAUAAAACAGACACCUCAGACAGUGAAGCAAGUGAUUGGAGAAAUUCCGCAAAGUCUUAUCUGUGUGAAAUUUAGAAAAAUACAUAACUUUUCUCGCAGUCUGUGAUUUGCGCGGGUUUCAAGUGCACCGCCGUUUUCUCACCAUCCCCUCUGAUUUUCGUCACGGAGCCUUGAAUAUUAAUUAUGUGAGAGUGUCUUUUGCUUCCGAUCAGCACAAUUUCCCAAUCAGUCUAGAGUAAUCCAGCGACUGAGACAGUUGUGCUGUUCAGCCAUGAAGCCAUAUCGAGGAAUUUGUGUCUUCCUAGCCAUUUUGGGUGUUUCGCUGGCGGCAGAUCUCGAGGAAAUUUUCAAGUGGAAGCAAAUGUCCUUUGAUGACUAUCAAAUAUCCUCAGGCUCGGAUUUUGUGUUUGUGGGAGCUUCGAAGAUGGCCUACAAUACCUACAACAGCAUGCCAAUGGGCGUUACUCACCACAACGGUCGACUGUUCAUCACCAUUCCUCGACGCCGCAGUGGAGUUCCUUCGACACUCAAUGUCAUCCCUCUGUCUGCCAUGCUCACCACCCAGAGUCCGGCCUUGCGCCCUUAUCCCUCAUUCGAACUGAACAGACUCAAUUCGUCACUGCCACCGGAACAGAGGAUCACCUCGGUCUACCGCAGUCGCAUGGACUCCUGCGAUCGCUUGUGGUUUGCAGACUCCGGCAGGCAUUUGGCGGAGCAGAAUCUCACCAUUGAAGUGCACUCUCCGACACUCUGGGCCAUUGACACCAACUCCGACCGCAUCGUCAAGAGAUUCCCCUUCCCUGAGGAGGCUCUGGCACGAGGAUCCGGCACCAUAAGUCUGGCCGUGGAUAUUCCCAAUGAGAGAGACUGCGGAGGAGCUUUCGUGUACAUUCCCGAUCUCAUCAACGGCCGCAUAUAUGUGUACAGUCUCCGAGAGAAUAGGAUGUGGACCUUCAGCCACAACUACUUUCACAUGGAUCCCCACCAUGGCGAUCUGUCCAUAGCAGGACUGCAAUUUCAGUGGGAUGACGGAAUAUUUUCCAUCGCUCUGGGACGUCGCAACUCCCGCGGCUUCCGCACAGCCUAUUUCCACCCGAUGGUGAGUCUCUCAGAGUUCGCCGUGUCCACUGAAGUGCUGCGCAAUGAGUCCCUCUCCCGUCGAGAAUACCACGGUGAAGACUUCCGGUUGCUGGGACAGCGCGGAGCCAAUCGCCAAUCCACCUUACAUGACUUCGACGAGUCCACGGGAGUUCUCUUCUUCGCUGAGAUCGGACGCAACGCCGUCGGUUGCUGGAACACACACCACGUCUUCGCUCCUGAGAACUUUGGCACUGUGAAGCAGGACAAGGACACCUUCAUUUACCCAAGCGACCUGUCCGUGGACUCCUCAGGGCGUCUCUGGGUGAUGACCAACACAAUGCCACGCUGGUUUUACACCAGACUAGACACCAAUGAAUACAACAUUCGCAUCUGGUCAGCAAACACGUGGCAGGCAAUCCAGGGCACAGUCUGCGAAAGAUAACUCCAACGC